UCUUUUUUUUUUUUGCCUGGUUCGAAGCGGGACCCCACUCCCGCUGCGACCGUGACUGCCGUACCCCUUCCCACUUUUUCUUUUCUCGCGCUUCGACCUUUGAUUUCGGCACGCCGUUCAUUGGAGUCGGCUGGGUGUGAUGGUCGGAGGGUCGACUGUCCAAGUGCUGCGAGGCCAAGGGGAUAAUGGGCUCACGCACGUCGGGUACAUGGUUGAUAGGGGGGAGGGCAGUCGCUUCACAGGCGCAUCCAUCCAUCCAUCCAUCCAUCCAUGCCCUUUCCCACAUCGAGCCUGGUCGUGGAACCGCACGGCAGUAACGGCUCAGAAGACCACGGGGCGCGCACAUGGACCAAAGGUUGUAUGUGUGUGCAACUCCCAAAGGGCCGUUCAAUCAAUCCAUAGUGACGGCAGGCAGGCAGCCCGGGCAGGCAAAUCAACCCACCCCCCCAUCCCCGAAAGCAGAUAUGCCCAGUUUUAUUGCUGGUUCUAGACGGGCCCCCAGAUACAAGAAAAGAAAAAGAGGGAAAAUAAAAAUUGGCGUCUGAUUCGAGGCGGCACCAGGGCCCAGUGGGGGAAAGGCAGGGGGUUAAACAGCGUUUGCUUUUCCUUGUUUUUGUUUUUUUUUACCCGUGGAUUCCCAUCCCCCCUUCCCUCCUUCGGGGGUUACCCCCACGGUUCCAGACGGGCAGGCUUCUUGAUAUCAGCCCAGACAAGAAACGCCUCCGGAGUGGUUCCACGGAUCCAACACGCCUCCUUUAAACAACUCCGGUCCACCUAUCUCCCAGUCCUUGCCCCAUCGUUCCAGCCUCCCACCAUAAUCUACCUACACCCACCUACCUGCCUACCACCCGACCGAGGCGCCAAUUCUCCAUACCUAUCCUCAUAUCCAUACUCUUUGCACAAAUCCGUGCCAGCUCCCUCUCCGCUCGUCUUUCUUGGGACUACCUCUAUUCCUCGCGCCCUGCUAUAUUCUCGAGAUAUCACAUCACCGACGACACGUGCAAGCAGCCGCCCGAGACAAAAGUCCGCGAUCCGAUCCGAGACAUAGAAUCCAUCACCAAUCAAAGACCAGCACGGGCGCAGCAACAAACUGUCAAGCAAAGCAAAGACUCUUGUCAGUGCGUCUUGGCGCGCGCAACGAAACAGACCCGACAUAACCAACAAUCAAAGCCCCCGGCGCGGCCUACCCUGGACCGCCAUGCGACUUUCGACUAUAUUAUGCCUAGUAGCUGGCGACAUUCUGGGCCCGACCUGUGAUCAGAACGACCACCUGCCGCAACCGGCCCGACAGCUGCCCCUAAAGAGCGCACCACCACAUGGCUCCCCUCGUAUCCCUCGCCCAACAACUGGCGACGCUACCGACUCAGCACCAAACUGGGCAGAGCUGCAGGUCCCCGGCCACGAGAGGAUACCGUCGGCCGGCGCGGCUGAUGAGCAGGUGACGACCGCCACCGAUGCUUGCGGACAGAAGCCGACCUGCCACCUAAGCGGCGAUGCGUCGGCGGGACACCAGGUUGCAGACAUGACGACAGAAGCCAGGAGUAGCGACGGCUCCGCCGCCAGCAGGACGGGGGGCGUAGUCAUAAUAACCCAGUCGCAUCAACCGGAAACGACGCCCCCCGACUCGACAGCCAACAUCUCCAGCCCAACCUCGGGCGACCAUUUUCUCCAAGUGUCGGAAAUCAGCCACGAGAGGAAAACAGUCCUGUGGGCGGGGGUUGCAAUGGGCGUCGUCGGUUUGAUCAUGUGCUCCUUUUGAGUGACCUGGGAACACGGAACGACAUAAUAUGUAAUCAUAAUGGUACCCCUAAUGGACAGUCUGCCCUUAGGGAUCCCAAACAUGAAUUGUAAGCGGCAGUUCGAAACAACCCAUUGCUUGGGAAUUGCGACUGGCUACAUUGCGCAUUGGCACUGAUGGUUGGGAACCGCGAGGAACAUGAUAUCUAUUCGUUGGUUCUCAUACUGUCGAUAUGGAUGGUAUACGCCGAGCGAGAGUGAUAAUGCUCUUUCAAUAGGCCGGGCAACCAUUCUGAGCUUGGCGGAAGGCCGUCGAGAAGAACUCCUGCAUAGCGAAGUAAUGGAACAGGAUGCCACCCAGGACGGCAAAAUGCCACAGGUUGUGGCUACCGCCAAUGUAGUCGAACAUGCCCGGGAACCAACGCUCGGGCACCUUGCUGGCAUAGAUGAAAGCACCACUCAGGUAGACGAGGAGCGACUCGGCGAUGGGCGAGUAGAACUCCCAGACAAAUGAGGAGCCCUUUGUUAGAUAGAGCUGAAGGAUGGGCAGGAACCCCGUCGCGCCCAGGCUGACGUAGAAGGCG